CGGCCGCCCGGUGCGGGAGGCGGGCCUGGUGGUGCACGGCCCCAUUUUAAGGACGCAGCGGCCCCCGGGUUCAGUCCCGGGUCUGUCUUUUCGGGGGGAGACUGUCACCCGUGCGCAGGCGGGGGAGGGGCUGUGAGGGUGCAGGAGGGGCUGCAGUGGGUCCCUUGGCUUCCUGGGUUCACCUCUGAGCCCAGCCUCACCCAGAGCCCUCGGCGGGAUGCCACGCCAGUGUUUUUCCUCCAGUGGACACAAAGCACCAUCACACAACCCCAAGACUGCCCUUGACCACCUUCAGCCAAGCUAUGUAUGACAGAGGCCCCCCUGGCCUACUGUCUCCAGCGCUGCCUCUUGCCUCCUCAGUCCUGAUGCUGCUCAUGAGCUGCCUGUGGCUGGUGGGGGCCGGUCCCAGCCUGGCCCUGGCCCCAGAGCUGCUGCUGGACCCCUGGCAGGCACACCGGCUGCUGACCCAUGCUCUGGGUCACACGGCCCUACCCAGCCUGCUCCUGAGUCUGCUGCUCCUGCCCGUGCUGGGCUGGCGGCAGGAGUACCACCUGGGCACGCUGCGGUUCCUGCACGCCUCCACCCUACUCGCCCUGGCUGCCGGGCUAAUGGCGGUGCUGCUGGCAGGCCUUGGGGUGUCCGCGGCAGCUGGUGGCUGCGGGUACAUGCCCGUCCACCUGGCCAUGCUAUCAGGGCAGGGGUACCACCCUAGAGGGCUCCAUGGGGCGGUGCCACCGUGGCUGUUGCCAUGGUUGCUGCUUGCCCUGACACCACUGCUCACCUCCGAGCCACCCUUCCUGCAGCUCUUCUGCGGCCUCCUGGCUGGCCUGGCCUAUGCAGCCGGGGCCUUCCAGUGGCUGGAGCCCUCUGAGCGGAGGCUGCGGGCGCUGCAGGGCUUCCUGUGCAGGGUCGUGGGGUGCUGGCCACUCCGGCUCCUUCCCGCCCCAGGCAGUGUGGCUGAGCUGCCUGUCACCCUUCCUGGAGUGAGGCUUUCUACCCCUGGACCUCCGUACGCGGCCUCGUCUAGUCUCUGGUCUCACAGCGAAGGCUCAGGCCCACUCCCACCAGGCCUGGGGCCUGUGCAGCCGAACUGGGAGGGCUCCUCAGAGGCUGGCCUGGCCUGGCCUGGGCCCAGCUUUCCUCCCGGCUCCCCGCUGUGGGCAGCCCUCGAUGAGCAGAUGCUGCAGGAGGGGAUCCAGGCCUCGCUCCUUGAGGGGCCAGCCCAGGUUCCCAGGAGCCCGCUCUGGCUGCCCAAGUCCUCCGUUUCCUCUCUACGGCUGCAGCAGCUGGAACGCAUGGGCUUCCCCAUGGAGCAGGCCGUGGUGGCGCUAGCAGCCACAGGUCGUGUGGAGGGUGCGGUGUCACUGCUGGUCAGCGGGGAGGUGGGCGCUGAGGCCCUGGUGACUCAGGGGAGGGGUGGGCUCGCCCACCCUGAGGGUCCUGGGCCCCCCUAGCAUAGGCCGGCCCUCAGGUGACAAGAGUCCUUGCCCAUGGCUGGUUACACGGAGUUCCAGCCCCAAGUACUAAGUCACGUGGGCGCAGGGAAGCCCCUCAGCGCCCUGCACUGUGUAGAAUAAAAACCGGUUCUUUUCAACCUGGACUC